AUGGGCAGAAACGCAAAGCAGACCGAUCCUCUGCACCCUCGGGCCUCCCGCGUUGAAAAGGCACGCCGGGUGAGAACAAGGCUCCCUUCCUGGUAUUACCGAGUGUUGUCACUCAGAUGGGACCGAGAACCGUUCAAAAAAGAGGACCCCCAUGACUUCGAUGAAGAUCUCUCAGAGCUUGAAGAGCAAAGUGAACAGGGAGAGGAUGCAGAGAGCCUCCAGGGACGAGCGGACGGAGCGGAGGAAUGCGAGUGCGCCAGCGAGGAUUCCGAGUAUGAAGAGUCAGAGAAAUCCUAUGACGGAUCUGACGCGGAUUGCUACUACGACUGGAAAGAACAGCGCGAAGAGAGAAAGCGUGAGAAGCUAGAGGAGCGAAAGGCGGAAGAAAAACUCUUAGAACUUGAGAAGAGCAAGGAAGAGGAGGUCCGUGCCGCAUACAAAUCUCUCAGGAAGGCUGAGAAAAAGAACAACACGACUCCUGUCAGACUGUCACUAUCGGACGAGGCAUUUAACCUGUUCUGCACCGAUCAUGUCGAAUAUUACAAGUCGGUUUCCUUUGGCAGAAGAGAUUAUUCUGAUGUCGAAUCGGAUGAAUCUGAUGUCACGAAGUUAAAGUCUGGCAACGAGAUCGACUUGUAUGGUAUUGUGUAUUUUGGGAGAGCGGUUUUCACAUUUGGGCCAUUCCGCCCUCCCACCCACGCGAGCUGCAAACCUGUGAAGGUGAAGAGCAGCGACGGAACACAUGAACUGUCCUUCCAGUUCAUUGGCAACGGCUACCUCAAGCUAAGGAUCUCUCGCGACAUGGUGCUCUUGGGCUUGGACACACCCUCUGAAGGUCCCCCGACUACAGCGCCGGCAUCGUUUGAUUUCUUCGGAAUUUGGCGAGACAUUGACAAGGAGAUCGCGGAGCGAGAGCGAAUUCUGAAGGAGGCGAGGGCGCGACGGCCGCCGUCUCCCCGCGAAACGUGGUUUGAGAUGAAUCAUCCCAUGGGGGCUUGGAACAGUGGGUGGUAG